CGUUCCUGAGGGACCCCGUUGUGGUGGUUUCUCGCAUUGCAGAAUGCCAAGAUGGUCGGCCUGCUCCACCACACAGGCAACGAUGCGUUCCGCCGCUUCACCCCGGAGUCGCUGGCGGAGAUCGAGCGGCGGAUGGCUGAGGAGAAGGCGGAGCAGGAGGAGCACAAGAACGUAGAGGUGGCCGAGGAGGACCUGCCCAAGCCCAGAGGUGACCUGGAGGCGGGCAAGAGCCUGCCGUUCAUCUACGGAGACCCACCGCCCGAGCUGCUCAACGUUCCCCUGGAGGAACUGGAUCCUUUCUACAAAGCACAGAAAACCUUUAUUGUCAUCACCAAAGGGAAUACAAUCUUUAGGUUUAAUGCUGAACCUGCCUGCUACCUUCUGAGCCCUUUCAGCAUUGUUAGAAGAGGAGCCAUCAGAGUCCUCAUACAUUCAUUGUUUAGCAUGUUUAUCAUGCUAACCAUUCUAUCGAACUGUGUGUUCAUGACAAUGAGCAAUCCCCCACCAUGGAGUAAAACUGUAGAGUAUGUUUUUACUGGUAUUUAUACCUUUGAGGCAACGAUCAAAGUGCUGUCCCGAGGCUUCUGUAUGGGCUCAUUUACAUUCCUUCGAGAUCCAUGGAACUGGCUGGAUUUCAUGGUGAUCAGCAUGGCGUACAUCACUGAGUUUGUCGACCUGGGCAACGUGUCUGCUCUUCGGACGUUCCGUGUGCUCAGAGCCCUAAAAACUAUCACUGUAAUUCCCGGUCUGAAAACCAUUGUGGGGGCCCUGAUCCAGUCGGUGAAAAAGCUGGCGGAUGUGAUGAUCCUCACCGUCUUCUGCCUCGCCGUCUUCGCCCUCAUUGGGCUGCAGCUGUUCAUGGGCAACCUGCGGCAAAAGUGCAUCCGUUGGCCGCCGAUCAAUGACACGUGGGCCUACAACGCCACUGGCCCCUCCAGCUACGCUACCGAUGGCUAUUCCAACACUUCCGACUUCAACUCCUACAUCAGCAACCCAGAAAACCACUACUUUUUGGAUGGACAAUUGGAUCCUCUUCUUUGUGGAAACAGCUCUGAUGCUGGAAAAUGCCCAGAGGGCUACAUGUGUAUGAAGGCUGGACGAAACCCAAACUAUGGCUACACAAGCUACGAUAACUUCGGCUGGGCUUUCCUGGCUCUCUUUCGUCUUAUGACACAGGACUUCUGGGAGAAUCUGUUUCAGCUGACAUUGCGCGCUGCAGGAAAGACCUACAUGAUCUUCUUCGUGGUCAUCAUAUUCCUGGGCUCCUUCUAUCUCAUCAACCUCAUCCUGGCCGUGGUGGCCAUGGCCUACGCAGAGCAGAACGAAGCCACUAUUACCGAGGCCAGGGAAAAAGAGGAGGAGUACCAGAGGAUUCUAGAGCAGCUGAAGCACCAGGAGGCAGAGAAACACCAUGAAGCUGAUGAAAAAGAGCGGGAUGACGGUUCAGAGCAAGAGUUUGCCGAUGAUGAACAGAGUCUUGGAGAGGAUGGCAAGGGUCUUGGGAAGAAAACGGGGAAAGAGGAUAUGUCCAAUGGAUCUAAACUCAGCAUGCUUGAACUGGACAAAGCAGCCCUCCAGAAAAGACACUCUAUUGCUGUUAGUGUGAUCAGCAAUCAGAUCGAAGAGCUUGAGGAGGCUGAGAGACCAUGUCCCCCAGGGUGGUACAAAUUUGCCGAUAUUUUCCUGAAAUGGAACUGUUGUCAACCGUGGAUCAUCUUCAAAAAAUGGGUGUACUUUGUGGUGAUGGACCCAUUUGUGGACCUCGGUAUUACCAUCUGCAUUGUCCUGAACACCCUGUUCAUGGCUAUGGAGCACUUUCCUAUGACCGAGGAGUUUGGUAAUAUGCUGGGUGUUGGAAACCUGGUUUUCACUGGGAUCUUCACUGCUGAGAUGGUCCUCAAACUCAUUGCCAUGGAUCCAUACUAUUAUUUCCAGGUUGGGUGGAACAUUUUCGACAGCAUUAUUGUCACCCUGAGCCUGGUGGAGCUGGGUCUGGCUGAUGUUGAGGGCCUGUCUGUGCUCAGGUCAUUCCGUUUGAUGCGUGUCUUCAAGCUGGCCAAGUCAUGGCCGACCCUCAACAUGCUGAUCAAGAUCAUCGGGAACUCGGUGGGCGCCCUGGGAAACCUCACCCUGGUGCUGGCCAUCAUCGUCUUCAUCUUUGCCGUGGUGGGCAUGCAGCUGUUCGGCAAGAGCUACAAGGACUGCGUGUGCAAGAUCGCCGGGGACUGCGAGCUGCCGCGCUGGCACAUGACCGACUUCUUCCACGCCUUCCUCAUCAUCUUCCGGAUCCUGUGCGGGGAGUGGAUCGAGACCAUGUGGGACUGCAUGGAGGUGGCUGGCCAGGCCAUGUGCCUCAUUGUCUUCAUGAUGGUCAUGGUCAUAGGCAAUCUGGUGGUACUUAAUCUGUUCCUGGCCCUGCUGCUGAGCUCCUUCAGUGGUGACAACCUGGCGGCCCCCGAAGAGGAUGGCGAGAUGAACAACCUGCAGAUCGCGGUCAACAGGAUCAACAGGGGCAUCGCCUGGGUCAAAGCCUUCGUCAUCGGGCUGAUAAUGAGACUCCUGAGAAAGAAGCCAAAGACGAGCAAGGAUGAGAGCGGUGGAGACAAGGGCGACGCCAAUAACGAAAAUUUUGCCCUGAACCACGUGGACCCCAAGACGGGCAAGUUGGUCAAACUGGUGGAUGGCACAUCCAAAAUCCCAGAGGACGUCUCUGUCGAUGGGUUCGUCACGGGCUUGACCCUCACUGUGCCCAUCGCCAAGGUAGAGUCGGAUUUCGAAAACCAAGACGAUGACACUUCAGAGGAUGAAAAUGAUGUUGAUGCCACCAGGAAACCGGGGGAUGAGGAUGUGUCCUCGACCUGCAGCACUGUUGAUUGCAGACCGGAUGAGGAGGCGGACGUGGAGGAUGAGCCGGAGAUGGAUGACCCGGCAGAAUGCUUCACUGAAGGAUGCAUCAGGCGUUGUCCGUGCCUGACGGCGGACAUCACGCAGGGCCGCGGGAAGAUGUGGUGGAACUUCAGGAGGACCUGCUUCACCAUUGUGGAGCACAGCUACUUUGAGACUUUCAUCAUCUUCAUGAUCUUGCUCAGCAGUGGAGCUCUGGCUUUUGAGGAUAUCUACAUUGAGAAGCGCAGAGUUAUAAAAAUCAUUCUGGAAUAUGCAGAUCAAGUCUUCACAUACGUGUUUAUUGUUGAAAUGCUCCUAAAAUGGACAGCGUAUGGCUAUAAGACCUACUUCACCAAUGCCUGGUGUUGGCUGGACUUCCUUAUUGUUGAUGUUUCUCUCAUAAGCUUGACGGCUAAUAUCCUGGGCUUCUCUGAGCUGGGAGCCAUCAAAUCUUUGCGGACCCUUAGAGCCUUGAGGCCUCUGAGGGCCCUGUCCAGGUUUGAGGGGAUGAGGGUUGUGGUGAACGCUCUUGUUGGGGCCAUCCCCUCCAUCUUCAACGUGCUCCUCGUCUGCCUCAUCUUCUGGCUCAUCUUCAGCAUCAUGGGAGUCAAUCUGUUUGCUGGGAAGUUCUACCGAUGCAUCAACACCACCAGCGGUGAGAUGUUCGAAGUGUCUGUUGUCAGCAACUACUCAGAGUGCGAUCUUCUGGGCAUGGUCACCAAUGAGACGCGCUGGGUCAAUCUGAAGGUGAACUUCGACAACGUUGGCAUGGGCUACCUCUCUCUACUCCAAGUGGCAACAUUUAAAGGUUGGAUGGACAUCAUGUAUGCAGCUGUGGAUUCACGUGACGUCUAUGACCAGCCUGAGUACGAAGUCAACCUCUAUAUGUACCUGUACUUUGUUAUCUUCAUCAUCUUUGGAUCCUUCUUCACCCUCAAUCUAUUCAUUGGUGUGAUUAUCGACAACUUUAACCAGCAAAAAUCUAAGUUAGGAGGGCAGGAUCUCUUCAUGACUGAGGAGCAGAAAAAAUACUACAAUGCCAUGAAAAAACUAGGCUCUAAAAAGCCACAGAAGCCAAUUCCAAGACCUCAGAACUGUGUCCAAGGCCUGGUGUUUGACUUCAUCACGAAGCAGUUCUUUGACAUCUUCAUCAUGGUGCUGAUUUGCCUCAAUAUGGUGACCAUGAUGGUGGAGACAGACGACCAAAGUCAGGAAAUGGAGGAUAUCCUGUACAAAAUCAAUCUGGUCUUCAUCGUGAUCUUCACCACCGAGUGUAUCCUCAAAAUGAUUGCACUCAGACAAUAUUUCUUCACCAUUGGAUGGAAUAUUUUUGAUUUUGUGGUGGUCAUUCUCUCCGUAGUGGGUAUCAUGCUGGCGGACAUCAUAGAGAAGUACUUUGUGUCGCCUACACUUUUCCGUGUUAUCAGACUGGCCAGAAUCGGCCGUGUCCUGCGUCUCAUCAGGGGAGCAAAAGGCAUCAGGACACUGCUGUUCGCUCUGAUGAUGUCACUUCCUGCCCUGUUCAAUAUAGGCCUGCUCCUCUUCCUAAUCAUGUUUAUCUUCUCCAUCUUUGGCAUGUCAAACUUUGCCUACGUGAAGAAAAUGGGCGGCAUCGAUGACAUGUUUAACUUUGAGACGUUCGGCAACAGCAUAAUCUGCCUGUUUGAGAUCACCACCUCGGCGGGUUGGGACGGCUUGCUCCUUCCCAUCAUGAACAGCGGCCCCCCAGACUGUGACCCCAAUAUCGAGAAUCCAGGUACCGACGUGAGGGGGGACUGUGGCAACCCCCUCAUGGGCAUCAUAUUCUUCAGCAGCUACAUCAUCAUUUCCUUCCUGGUAGUGGUCAACAUGUACAUCGCCAUCAUCCUGGAGAACUUCAACGUGGCUACCGAGGAGAGUGCCGACCCGCUGUGCGAGGACGACUUCGAGAUGUUCUACGAGACCUGGGAGAAGUUUGACCCGGAUGCCACCCAGUAUGUGGACUAUAGCCGGCUGUCAGAGUUCUGUGACACUUUGAAGGACCCUCUGAGGAUCCCCAAGCCCAACACCGUUAAGCUGAUCACAAUGGAGCUACCCUUGGUCACUGGUGACAAGAUCCACUGCCUGGACAUCCUGAUGGCUCUAACCGCAGAGGUGCUGGGUGAUUCGGAGGAGAUGGACUCCCUAAAGGCGAGCAUGGAGGAGAAGUUUAUGGUGAACAACCCUUCCAAGUUGGCCUACGAGCCCAUCACCACCACCCUGAAGCGCAAACAGGAGGAGGUGGCCGCCAGCAUCAUCCAGAGAGCCUACCGCAAGCACCUGCUGAAGCGAACCGUCAAGCACGCCUCCUUCAAGUUCCGCGAGAAAAUGCACAAAACCAAAGACGAUGAGGAGCCGCCAGAAAAAGAGGGAAUGAUUGCCAAUGCAAUGGAGACCCUCUAUGGCAGCAGGGCAGCUGGGAACCUGGCUGUUGCAAAAGCCCAACCAUUAAUGGCCUCUAGGGAUGGCCAGCCUGUGACGGACCCUAAGGAAAAUGAGUCCCGUGGAGCUGCUCCGGUAGAAGUCAUGAGUGAAGUGGUCCUGCAUUCUGCCCCGUCCACCAUCCCCCAACCCGCUGUACCCCCGAACAACCUGAGGGAGUCUGUUGUUUAAAACAGAACCUGCGAAUAAUGCACCUUAGCCUUCCUAUUUGAAGAGCUGUUGACAUCCUUGCCGAGACUGGCCAUUCAUCCCAAUGCUGGAUUUUGCUUGUGUCAACAGGUGUGGUUAAGGAGAGGUGGGGAUACGUCUCUACAGUAUGGCUGGCCCUCGAAAGCAGUAGUAACCAACCCUGGUCCUGGAGAUCUACCAUCCAGCAGGUUUUACUUUCAACCCUAAUUUGGAACUCCUGAUUCUGCUAAUUAGCAGUU